GGUCAGCCGGGAUCACCUGCGAUUGGUGUUCAGGGCCGCUCUGCACUCAAGCUGAAGCCUGAGCUGUCCUCACCAGCUUGCAAACAGAGCAGCUGCCUUCUUCCUGCUCCUCCCUACUCAGAAAGCCAAGGUAGGACCCCAGGUGCCAAGGACGUGUGUCCAGUGCAAGACUCUUCACCGUCCUGCCGGUGAACAAAGGCACGUGGACCCUCUCGCACCCCCAGGCGUUGCAGCUGCACAGUCCCAGCACCUGGCACCUGGCGGCCUUCUGACCCCAGGGAGGUGGCAGCAGAGUCCCCUAGAUACUGAUUGGCUCCUGGGCCAGCAGCGUGUGAGAUGGGACGUACAUCGAAAGAUAAGCGGGAUGUCUACUACCGCCUGGCCAAGGAGAAUGGCUGGCGUGCCCGCAGCGCCUUCAAGCUGCUGCAGCUGGAUGAGGAAUUCCAGAUCUUUAAGGGUGUGACACGGGCUGUUGACCUGUGUGCAGCCCCAGGCAGCUGGAGCCAGGUGCUGAGCCGGAAGAUUGGGGCCCAGGGGCCUGGCCGAGUGGUGGCUGUGGACCUGCAGGCUAUGGCUCCACUGCCAGGUGUGAUCCAGAUCCAGGGGGACAUCACCCAGCUGUCCACUGCCGAGGAGAUCAUCCGGCACCUGGAGGGCUGCCUGGCAGACCUGGUGGUGUGUGACGGGGCUCCCGAUGUGACUGGGCUUCAUGACGUUGAUGAGUACAUGCAGGCCCAGCUGCUCGUGGCGGCUCUGAACAUUGCCACACACGUCCUGAAGCCAGGAGGCUGCUUUGUGGCCAAGAUCUUUCGUGGCCGGGAUGUGACACUGCUCUACAACCAGCUGCGCGUCUUCUUCCCCAGUGUUCUGUGUGCCAAGCCCAAGAGCAGCCGCCACUCCAGCAUCGAGGCCUUUGCCGUCUGCCAGGGCUACGACCCUCCCGAGGGCUUCCGGCCAGACCUGAGCCAGCCCCUGCUGGGCCACUCCUACGAUGUCAGCCAGUUGGAUGGGCCCACCCGUGUCAUUGUGCCUUUUGUCAUUUGUGGGGACCUCAGCGCCUAUGACUCAGACUGCAGUUACCCACUGGAGCAACAGGACGGCUCUGAGCAUAAGUAUAGCCCCCCAACAGAGCCCCCCUUCCCUCUCUCACGCCAGGGGGCCUGUGUGUUGAAGAAGAAGGGAUGGCUAUCCAAAGAGCUCCACCCUCGGGUCUGUCCCAGCAACAGAGUGGACAUGUGGUCCCAACCCCUGGCUGCCCCUCAGCAUCACAUCCUGCUUGCCCCGAGGUGGGAGAUAGUAAGACUGGAAAGGAUUGUUCACAUUCCGUUUGCUGGCAAGCUGAUAAAAACACUGACGCUGCUUGUCACCAGGAAAGACAAAUUGUGAGUUGAUCCUAGUAACAAAAUCAUGUCAACAGUGGGCCUGAACAAAGAAGCCACAGGUUGGAGUCUGCAGUGGCCGCCACAGGGACACAAGGAAAGAAGCAGAACGUAGGCGUGCAGGAUUCCUGACGGGCCCUGCCUCUUGUCUGCCUCUGCUGAGGUGUCCUUAUGACGUCCACGAUUUCCCCAGAAAGUAGAUUUGUAGCCCACAUAAAGGAUAGCUGUGAGUGAUGGAAGAAAUGCCACUUACUUUGAUGAAUUAAUGAAAUUUAGCUUGAUUCCCAGUUAUAAAUGCUGGCAACAAAUCACAGUAGAAAAAAAGCAUCACCUUCAAUUUUCCCACCAAUACAAAAAACCCUUAUGUCAUGUUACAGUUGGAGACAUAUGACAAUAUUAUUCAUAUUUGUCAUCACUGUGAAUGAUAGCAGGUUUUAUAAUUUGAUGUCUUAAUGAAAAAGAACCCCUCCCCCCAAAAGAAGCUUAAUCCAACAUAAACAUGUAAGCAGGUUGAAGAUAAAAAGAUGAGAAGACUUUAUAUCAUGAAAACAGUUGGGAAGAGAAAGCAUGUGUGGAUAUACCAACAUCAGAGACAGAAAAUUUAAGGGCAAAGCGGAUUGCUAUGGACAAGCAGGACAUUGCAUUGGUCCAUCAAGAAGACAGCCAUGCUGAAUGUGUGCACCAAGAAACAAGGCUUUAA